AUGCGACCCGAGUCAUUCCGGUAUCAUGAAACAACUACCACAACAAAUAGCCUAAAUAAAUUAGACAAACCCUUACAAUUAUUUUUAACUUUAAAUAUUAUUGUAUAUAUUUUUUGUCUUUUCACUUGUCAUUUGGAAAAGAUGUCUGGAAAGGCCAAGGAUAUCCUACAGAUGGAUCUGUAUGGCUUACUCGGUAUUAAGAGUUCUGCCACAACCAAAGAGAUUAAAAAAGCUUACAGAAAGAAGGCCUUGACUUGUCAUCCAGAUAAAAAUCCAGACAACCCAAAAGCAGCUGAAUUAUUCCACCAGUUAUCCCAGGCUCUUGAAGUUUUAGCCGAUGCUGCGGCAAGGGCUGCUUAUGACAAAGUCUGUGCUGCCAAGAAACAAGCAGAAGAAAGAAACAGGAAACUUGAUGAUAAGAGGAAGAAAAUUAAACUUGACUUGGAGGCCAGAGAAAGACGAGCAGAAGCCCAGAGUCAGGAGGACGUGCAGAUCACCAGAACCCUUGAAGAAGAGAUUGCCCGCUUAAGAGAGGAGGGAUCCCGACAGCUGGCAGAGGAACAGCGGCUCAUCAGGGAGCAGAUUCAGAGGGAGCUAGAAGAACAACGACAAACUGGAGAAUCGGGAGGAAAGAGUGGCGCAACCCCCAAACUGAAGUUGAAGUGGAAGUGUAAAAAAGAUGACGAGAUGAACGGAGGCUACUCUCACGACAUUCUUUUUAAACUACUACAAAAGAAAGCUGCAUUUGUCCAGAAACGAGAGAGGCCACAUCACUCCUACUCAUUGCUCCCAAGUCCAGCUCUGGUAGAGUACGGGGAUGUUUUGAAUCUAAUUGUGUCAAGUAAGAAAAAAGGGAGCGCUGUGGUGGAGUUUGCAUCCGUAAGAGCAGCUGAGCUGGCUUUAAGCAAUGAAAGUGGCUUAAGUGGGAACCCCAUAAAGAUUUCAUGGCUGGAAGGGAAACCCGAGCCAGUUGCUGAGGCGUCUCAAUCGGGCCAGUUUCUGUCCUCACAGGGCUCGCUUUCAAAUGAGCGCGACUAUGAGAGCAUAGUGAUGAUGAGGAUGAGGCAGGCUGCAGAGCGCCAGAAACUCAUCGAACAGAUGCAGAGGGAAGAUGAUGACGAAGCUGCCGGGUCCUAGCAGCUGAAGAUUCAGCUUUUUUACCAAACCUUAACCUGUGUCAGACUUUAGUUUCAUAAAGUUCCUGACGGAUUUUCUGUGCAUUGUGGCAAAAUAAACAGUUUCUUAAAGCAAAAAUAA